AUACUCCAUUAAAUUGGAAAACAAAUUCCCGUAGCCAAGCCCUAAUUUCUAGUGCUCUAGGGCAUUUUUGUCUGGUUCACCUUCUUCGUUUAUUUUUGUGUUGAUUUGGGUUGCUCAGUUUGAAUCUGAUCUUUCAAUCCAGUUUUUUUUUUUUGAUUUCUGAAUCGUAGAGACUCAAUGUCUCGAAGAAACCGCGGACCGCCUCUCCCGAUGAAAGGUGGUCGUCACACUGGUUUACCAGCUAUGGAUGAAAUUCCUUAUGACAGAAUUCCGCCUCAUCCUGCUCUUCUUGAAGAACUGCGUGAAUCCCAGUUCGGAAUGGGUGGCAAUAGAGGGUUUCCGCCUCACUCUGCGAUGAUCGAGGAGCACCUCGCACUGCAAAAUCAAGAUAUUCACAAUUUGUUGGAAGAUAAUCAGCGUCUGGCCACAACCCAUGUAGCACUGAAACAGGAGUUGGAGACUACCCAUCACAAGUUGCAACAGAUGGCACACUUUGCUGACUCUUUGCGGGCAGAAACGGAUGCCCAAAUGAGGGAGUUGUAUGAUAAAUCUGCUCGGUUGGAGAUGGAUGUUAGAGGGGUCAAUUCUAUGCGAAGUGAGCUUGCGCAUUUUAAUAGUGACAUUAAGGAACUUACAGAAGGAAGGCAGGAACUCACUGGUAGGGUGCAAAUGAUGAGCCAAGACUUGGCCCGAGUUACAGCAGAUUUGCAGCAGGUGCCGGCUUUGAAGACGGAGAUUGAGAAUAUGAAACUGGAACUGCAGCGUGCAAGAGCUGCUAUUGAGUACGAGAAGAAAGGCUACGCGGAGAAUUAUCAACAUGGUCAGGUGAUGGAGAAUAAACUGAUAUCAAUGGCUCGGGAAUUAGAGAAGCUUCGGGCUGAGAUUUCUAAUUCUGAGAAGAGGGCGCGAGCUGCCGCAGGUUUUGUGAAUCCUGAUGCAGGAUAUGGCGCAGAUUAUGGCAAUCCUGAAAUUUCUUAUGCCAGAAAUUCUUAUCCUUCUGGUUAUGGAUUGAACACCGUACAAAAUAACGCUCAAAGUUUCCCUCCAUAUGGAGCUGGAGCUGGACCUGGCCCAUGGGGAGCAUAUGAUAUGCAGCGAGCUCGAGAAAAUAGAUAGAAUUUUCUCCAACUUAAUGCAUGAUAUUCCUGGACUGUCUUUGGCUGCAACUUGUUUGGGUUUCUGAACUGUUACUAUAAGAUAUAAUAGACAUUUUCAGAGAAUUGCUUAUCUAUUCGGCUGUUCAAGUUGUACGUAAAAUGUUUGACAAUUAAUAUUAGGUUGAGGUGCAAUAUAUCAUGUCUAUUUUGGUCUAUCAAUGGAAAUAUACGCGUCAGUUCUUCUCUAUUCCCUA